AUGAAUGAAAAUACAAAAGAUGAUUCGCAAGAUCCCAUAAACAGUAUAUCAACAGAACAAAUAGAACACGUAGAAGCUACAGUUUGUAAUGAAAUUCCCAACAGCGAUGAUGAUGUCGAAUCACAGAGUGAUGAAGGUUCAGAAUACAACCCCGAGGACCAGUAUAAUGAGCAAGAUUCCUCGGAUGUGGCUGAUAGUGACGACAAUCCUGAUGACUCUGAAGCCUAUGCUCCAAACCAGAGUGCAAAUAUGAAUGGAAGUAAAAAUCAAUCAACAGAUCGAUCAUGCAAUUUAUCAUCGAUAUCAAACGUUCCGGGCACGUCAGCCUGUGAUGAUACCGAAUCAGUGCAUAAAGAUGAAGCAGAAGUAAAAAAAUUUGCCAUGCUACCUAAAAAAACUGCUGAGCGUGCUACAAUAAUAAAAAAUUUAAGAGAUAAAGGUAAUUACAUACACAAUAAAAAUUCGGACUUCAAUCAAGGAGAGCUCAUACCAUGUAGACGACCACAGAAAAAAAUGAACGAAAACGCUCAACAUUUUGUGCCAUGCCCCAACUGCAGAGGAUUCUACGCGAAAAGUAAUGUCAGACAUCACUACAAAUAUUGCGCUGGUGGUUCUCGUGCAAACAGUAGAUCUAUUCUAGUGGCGGCUCGUAAGAUGCUUGGCCGCAUUGAUCCAGCAGCAUCCGUAAAAUUGAGGAAAAAAGUUCUUCCUAUGAUGAGGGAAGAUGAAAUCGUACGCCUCAUACGAUACGAUCAUCUUCUCACCUUGUAUGGGAAUAAAAUGUGCAGGAAAAUUAAGAAACAACAUCAGUAUAGCAUGAUAAGAGCAAAUUUGAGAUUACAAGGCCGAUUCUUGACUGAUUUGAAAAAAAUUAAUCCUGAGAUCACUGAGUUUGCUUCACUGUAUGAUCAAAAAUUUUAUGACGCUGUUAUUUCAUCCAUUAAUAAUGUUGCAGAAUUUGAUGAGGAGACGGAAGUAUAUGAGAAACCAAGUUUAGCUUCAGGUAUCGGUACGUGUAUAAAAAAAAUUGGAGCCAUUCUGGAAACCGAAUGCAUCAAGCAGCAUAAGGCCGAAAAGAAAAGGAAUACUGCUGAUUUUCUGAAAUUGUUUAAUGAAGACUUUGGCUGCAGUGUCGGUAGGACAGUUACUGAAUCUCAAAUCAAACAUAGACGUCAAAAAACAGUUAAUCUCCCAGAGACUGAUGAUAUUGUAAGACUCAAUAAUUUCUUGAAUAAAAAAAGGGAAGCUGCUUAUCAAAGCCUGCAGAAGAAAUUCACAUACGAAACUUGGCUAUCUUUAGCUCAAGCAACAUUAAUCCUCAUACAAGUGUUCAAUCGACGAAGAGCAGGCGAAAUCGAAAGAGUCACCAUAGACGAUUUCAACUGCCGUAAAGGUGCCGAUGAAAUCGAUAAACAUUCAUUGUCAUCACUGCCCAUCGAAGAACAGAAGGCUGCUAGAAAAUAUGUUAGACUCACUAUUUGUGGAAAACUGAAUAGAACAGUGCCAGUCCUCCUGAGCACAGAAAUAGUCCAAAGUGUCCUGACUAUUAUUCAAUAUCAAGGUCUAGCAAAAGUGCCUGACAACAAUCCAUAUAUAUUUGGCCUUCCCGGCACCACGGACCCCAACAGGCAUGUUCAUCUGAGAGCCUGUAAUCUAAUGCGGAAGUUUGCUGAGGAAUCUUCCGCAGUGAAUACAAAAGCUCUGCGUGGUACAACUCUGCGAAAACAUGUUGCAACUAAGUGUGCAUCAAUGGAUUUAUCAGAAAAUGAUAUAUGUGAUGUGGCAAACUUCAUGGGACACCACGAAAACAUCCAUAAGAACAUUUACAGGCAACCUGUAAUAAAUCGAGAUAUUAUCAGGAUGUCUCAGGUUUUGGAACAGGCAGUAGGUACAAGCAAUGCCAAGUCAGAAACCAGAGACUGCAUCAAAGAAUAUGUUAUGGAUAUGAUGAACUCUGAAUCGACUCUCCAUGAUGCGCCAGAUAGUGCUGAUGAUCUGGAUGACAGUCUUGAAAAGCAGAACCAGUUAUUAGCAUGUAUCAAUAACCAGAAGAAAAAACAUAUUCAGUCAAAAAAUAAAUACCGCAAUUAUGACGCCAAGAAAAGUAUGAACGAUGAAUCAGUCAAAAAAUCUACCGAUAUGGAAAGUCUCAGCAGUCGUGAUUCGUGUAACAAUUAUUUCAAUGCCAUAAACUCCCAAAGUAGCGACACCGAAGACGACAAUCAAGCGAAAGGUGGAAACAAAACAAACAGGAAACAGCAUUCUAACAAAAUACAGAUGAAGAGACGCAGAUGGAGUCACGACGAGGUAGAAGCAUGUCUUACACUGUUUGAAACAGACAUAACAAAAUCAAUCAUUCCACCUUUACCAGUCAUUGCGAAAAAAAUUGCAAAUUAUGACUGCUUGAAGACGAGAACAACCGUGGUUGUUAAAGCGUGGAUAAAUAAUCAAAUUAAGAAGAGAGAAACAUUGGAGUCUCGUGGAGCAAAUAAAAAGCAGUACUUGGGUUUUAUUACCUCAUCUAGUCGUUACGAGAGUACUAAAUGUGUUAGACCUCUUUGGAAGGUGGCUAUAUUAGCAAAGUAUAACAAUAGUAUAACGUCAAACCUGGAACCAAAACUAGGAGAAACUUCAAUACUAUUGAAAUAA